AUGCUGGAGCGAUUCCGUGGUGAGAGAGGAAGAAGUAUGCCAAAUCUCGUUCCUGUUGAUUCUCUCCGAGAGGAAUACGAGACGGUUGAAUUUUGUCUCCGGAAGGGGUUGAAGAAAGGUUUCCUCACCAUGAAGGUCCUCGCGAUCCUCGGACUCCUCGUCCUCGCCGAGCGUGGGAGCGCUCUGAUGUGCUACGAUUGCUUCGAGACCACAUGCGAAAACCAAGACAACUGGAAAACUACCAUAUGCCCUGAUACAAUCGGACAGUAUUGCAUGACUAUCUGGAAGGAGAACGAUACCCUCAUCAAGGCCAGCUGCGCCACGUAUUGGAGAACAGCAUGCGAGGACCUCGCUGAAGAUUUUCAAAUUGAAGGAGGCAACAAGUAUUGCUUCUGUCAGGAGGACCUGUGCAUGUCCGCGGCCAUCACGGGAAUAGCUAUGGCCGGGUACAAGCACAUGGACCCCUAUCAUUUCGUCCCUGGCGACAAGGAAUCCGCCCCGAAAGGAGCAUCCGCCUCAAAUGGAGAGUGCGGAACUGCUUGGACCUCUUCGAACGACCCGAUUGAGGAUGACGGCAAGACUCUCCCGAAUCUCUACGCCUUCGGCGAUCUCGUCCAGGAAUGCCAAGAGACGAUGUCGGGAUCGCCGCCCAAGAACUUGGACCGCGCCCUGUCGCGACUGCCCGGCUCGCUCGGAAUGCUCCCCGACGCCCCGGAGCGACACCGACUGCUGCUUGCGUCGCUGCUCCGCGCGCACGCCGAGGACCGAGCCGCCGUCGCCGCCGUGAGUCUGGCCUUGACGCUGUCUCUCCUGCUUUCGUCCCGCCAGUCAGAACUGGAAUCCGCUUGGACGACCCUGGAAAAGCGACUGGAAGCGAACGAGGCGAGGCAGGCGAGGGCGAUCGCCUUGCUGGAAGGCAGACCCCGAGCCACCGCUGGCGAGGACAAGGACCUGGAGGAGCGUCUGAAGAGGGCGGAGGUCGAAAAGCGAGUGUCGGCAGAGGAGCCGAGCAGGGAAGAGCAACGCUCCCGACACCUGGCGGACAGCGUCGAAAGGGAGAGAGAGAGAAGUGAGGCCCUGGAGAGGGAGUCUGCGUCUAACCAGGCCAGCACGGAGCUCCACGAUCUCUGCGGUCGACUGAGAGCCUCGGAAGAAUCCCGGAUGGAGCUGGAAAAAUCGUUCCAGGAAGAGAGGCAGUCACGGCUGGCAAAAAUCAGGAAGCCGGAGAUGAAGGUCAAGUUCAUCGUGAGGGAGGCAGCUGCGGCGGCGAAGGCGGACGAGAGACGGAAGGGAAGAGACGACAUUCGGCGGGAAAUUCGCUUCCUUCGGAAACGAAUUGGGGAAGUUCCAGUUCGGAACGAAACGCCACCCUGCGUGCCGAUAUUGAGUCAUACCGUCCACCCGAAGGUAGACAUGGAUGCAUGGCCUACGAGAGAAGAUGCGACGAAACGGGAAGAGGGACUGGACGACCGCAGGGCCGCAGAGAACCUGGCGCGUAUUCGACUCGUCCGUCGUCUCGGUCGCGUCUUGGCGGCGCGUCACGACGGGAUCGAGAGGCGACUGAGGUCGGGGGCGACGGGGGAAGGGACGCCGCUCGGCGAGACGCUGCUGGCCGCCGUGCGGGAGGAGAUGGGGAGAGACCCCGAGGAGUGGAUGCAAAGCAUACGGCGAACUUUGUCGUCUCUCAAAUAG